AUGAUUGCGAAGAAUGCGUAUAAAGAAGCUGUCACGCAAAAUUUUAGCGUGAUAUCUUAUAUUUUGCCUGAGUUAUACGACGAUGAAGUUCGAAUUUUGGCAGCCGCCAUUAAAAUCCGCCAUAUUGGAAAGUUCAAGUGUUCGGGAGUCUUUGACGUCAUAGUAACGACUAUAGUAAAAUUCGAUCAUGACGCGACUAUAGUAAAACUCGAUCAUGCCUUCGUAGGUAGGUAGGUAGGUAAUACUUUAUUUAAAAUUAACAGAAAGAAGAACACGCUAGCCCCAUCAACUCUAGGCUGGUUUCCAUGGGGGGCGUGUUUAGAUCUUAAAAAUCAUUAAAAGGAAAAUUUAAACUAAAUAUACUGUACACGUUACUAUAUACAAAUAAUUAGGAAGCAUGUCGCUGUCCAACAAUUGAUUUAAACGAAUGAGGCGACUCGGCCAAUUUUGCUUCGUUUGGGAGUUGAUUCCAGAGCAUAGCGCCGCUAUAUUUAAAACUUUUUUUAAGAAAUUUUCGUUUCGGUUUAGGAAUUGUUAGAUCAGUUGCUGUGUUUCGAAGAUGAUAAUUAGUUUGAUCUAUUUCUCUUCUCACGAAUGACCCCCGGAGACCUGGCGCAGUGUGGUCGUUAAGUAUUUUAUACAAUUAAUACUGACUUGGCACCAGACCGCCUAUUUUCAAGUGUAUCCCAAGAAAGCAUGUUGAGAAGAUCAGCUGAGCGAGUAUCAUAAUUAGCACCCGUUAGGACUCUUGCUGCACGAGACUGAAAUCUUUGCAACUUGUCUCUUAGCAACUUACCACAAGUGUCCCAAAGGGGGGAACAGAGCGUUGUGUUGUACAAGAUUGCAGCAAUACUUCUGACAAAAACGCGGGUAGAUCAUUGCAUAAGAGCCCAAAUGACGAAUCUUUGAGAAGAAUAUCGGUUAGAUUUGUGCAAACUAAGCACGCCAAUUUUUAUCCAAGCUCGCGGGAAAUUGGAUUCAUGAUUUGUUUGGACCAUUUUUCAACGGAUUGUUUUGAGCGUUUUUGGAUGGUUUGCAAAGACGAAUCAAACCAGAUUCUGUGCCUACUAUUUGGAGGAAAGCGCCUGCGCAACUAACAACAAGAGACAGGCGUAUGGUUUAGUCAGAUAUGAAUAUAUUUUUAAUAGCUACAUACAUAUUUACAUAAUCUGAUAAGUCCAGAUCAAUUAUAAAUUCACGCGACAAGUGUUGUUCUCAUAUUAUUGAAAAUAGGUUUAAAUUUUAAACGAGUUGGGCGAAACUGCAAACAAGACUGCUACAAACGAGGAUGAACCAUCGAGCUGUUUUUUCAAACUCCGUGUAAGCUCGCUGAUCAGUGUUCGGGAAUGUUGAUCAUAUUUUAUUGUAACAACAACACGGUAAUGUGAGAUGCCUUAAACUGCCCGUAAAAUCUCAUACCAAACUACAAGCUGUCUGUAGAAAACUGCGCGUAAGAACCUUUCAAAUAUAUAAUAUUAAAUAAAUGGGCGCGCACAAUAUGUUAAUGCUUGUUUAAUAACAACAUCGGCAUAGUAGGCAUACUUCAAUUCAGGUUGACAGCAAUGACAUUCACUGAUUCACACCUUAUAAAAAACGCAAAAUAGAAGUUCAGAGAUACGUUUUAAUUUAUUACUCCGGCAAAUAAGAACACAAACUUACCAAGACGAUACAUCAACAUGCAUGGCCUUCAAAACGAUUUUGUAACAUAUUUUCGAGCUGUUCGUCUUCUGCUACAGCUUCGUUGACCUCGUACUCGGCCACCUCUUCAGGCGAGGCAAGCGGCUCCAGCAAUAGUAUCAUCAAAUGGCAAAAAUUCACUGUCAAGUUCGCUUGAAUUCGCUGUUAUAUAUCACGCCCUUAAUCACAUCAAUUUAUCACCCAACGAGUCGAAUGAUAUCAACAAAGAUUGGAAGCAAUGGAAAGACCUCUUCCUUGGUGCCGCGACUGAUUAUAUUCCACUCAAAACCUUCAAACGGCGUAGCUCUCCUCCAUGGAUUGACGGUGAAGUUAGGCGUCUUCUCUCAAAGAAAGACUCGUGUAGAAAAAAGGCGAAACUUUCCUCAUCUGCUAAUCUCUGGGAAAAAUUCCGUGAUCUUCGACGUGCGGUCAAGACAUUAGUAAGAACCAAGCGAAGAGAGUACUUCCACAAACUUCCAUCUUUGCUAAAAUCGAGCAGUAAAAAGUUCUGGUCUGUCUUCAAAUCUACCUCGAAACAUUCUAACAUUCCCAGUAAAAUGUCGUGGACCCAACAAGAUUCAACUUCCUCCACAGCUGAAAACCCUGCCGACAUUGUCGACCUGUUAAACCGUUACUUCUACUCGGUGUUCAAACAUUCCGAUACUACUGACGACCAUUCCCCAUCUGUUGCUCCUGAUAACGACACGACUGAUCUUACCACCAUCGCAGACAUCUCGUUAACAGAAGAGGAAGUAUGUGUUGUACUCAAAGCACUGGAUGAAGCCAAAGCCACCGGCCCCGACAAAAUCCCAGCGUUACUGCUGAAGAACUGUGCAGUUAACAUCAGUUCAUCUCUAUGCCAGCUGUUCAACAAGAGCUUAUCUUAUGGAAUUCUGCCGUCCGAAUGGAAGCUGGCCAACAUCAGUCCAAUUCCAAAAAGAAACCCUAUUCAUGACGUAACCAACUACAGACCAAUAUCACUGUUGUCAUUAGUUUCGAAAGUGUUUGAACGCUGUAUAUAUAAUAGACUUAUAGAACACGUAUACGGUCAAAUUUACGAACUGCAGUACGGUUUUCUCAGGAGCAGAUCUACAACAUCGCAGCUGCUACACAUUCUUCAUCAAGUUCUUAACGUACUUGAGCAAAAAAACCAAGUUGACAUUGUCUACCUGGACUUUGCCAAAGCUUUUGAUAAAGUAAAUCACGAUCUAUUACUGGUGAAGCUUCACAACUUCGGUACAAGAGGAAAUCUUCUUCGUUGGUUCAGAGACUUCCUUUCUGGGAGAUUCCAGAGAGUCACUGCGCUUGGUGUUACAUCAAAACCACUUCCAGUUCUAUCAGGUGUUCCCCAGGGAUCAAUUCUUGGGCCACUUCUAUUCAUAAUUUACAUCAAUGAUCUCCCGAAAUGUGUCUCACACGAUACUACCAUGGCAAUGUUUGCUGACGAUACCAAAUGCCACCGUCCUAUUAAAAAUUCCCAAGAUAAGGUAACCCUUCAAUCCGACCUGGACAACAUUACCAACUGGUGUCACAAGUGGAAAAUGGAGUUAAAUCAAAGUAAGUGUGGAGUGUUACAUCUUACAAGAUCUCGUGAACCAACCAUCACACAGUAUACGGUGCUUGGUACCCCAGUUAUCCGACCUAACAGUCAGAAAGAUCUUGGCAUAUCUAUAACUGGUGACCUCAAAUGGAACAAGCAAGUGCAGGAGAUUUCGUCGAAGGCCAACAAGAUGCUGGGUUUCGUGAAGCGAACAACAUACAUGAUUGGUAACCAAUCGGUCCGCAAGGCACUCUAUCUGACUUUGGUUCGCAGUCAACUGGCGUACGGUUGUCAAGUGUGGGCACCCCAGACGGUCAGCAACAUUCUAACCAUCGAACGUGUUCAGCGCCGUGCCACCAAGUUCAUCCUAUCUCUGCCAUACCAAACAGAUAUCUCGUAUAAAGAAAGAUUGCAGAUCCUUGGCAUCAUCCCUCUAUGUUACUGGCACGAAUAUUUAGACAUCAUUUAUAUCUUUAAAAGUCUCAUAAAUGACUCUGACAGUAAUAUCUCGGUCAAAGUUUCAACACGAGAAACAAGAAGAGCAAGUAAUGGAACUUUCCUAAAUGUGAGAAAGUGCAGAACUGUCAACUACCAGAGCAGUUUUUAUAUUAGAGCCGCGAGCGUGUGGAACACUCUUCCUCGUUAUAUUAGAGACACAACUAAGUCUAUAGGAUCAUUCAAAACAAUACUACGCAAGCACUAUAAAGAUCUAACGGACAGUGUUUUCAACCCCGAUGACCCGAGAACUCUUAAGUCAGUUUGUGUGAAAUGUCACACAAGUCGUCCUUUAUGGAACUUAUUAUCUAGACCAUGUUGUUAGGUCAAUCGAACCUUAUAUAGUGAUCCCUUAUUGCGUGUGCCAAAUGCAAUUACCAUAAUGCUAUAAUGAAUAUUACUUUAUCUUAUGGUUCAACUCCAUGUACGAGACUAUGAGUAUAGCAUUUUGGCGGUUGUGGACGGUGUGCGUGAUAGGGAAAGCAGUCAUUAAAUUUUAAUAUAGCUUGCUCGAUACAUAAACAAUCUUAACAGCUUCAAAUUACUCUAGUACUUCAUUCACAAGUUCAGAAUUUCAAAUAGGAUCUCAUGUCGUUGUCUUAUCGUUGUUUGUUUCAAUUUGUGGCCUGUUAAUUUGUUUAUCUGUUUAUUAGUAUGUCUAAUAUCUGUCACGCCAUAGUGUAAAUUAUUGUUAUGUUUAUGUAUGUUGUGGAACCCCGUUAUUGGAGAUUUUAUCUCUGUGUGGUCAUUCCAGCCAUUGUGUGUAAUUUAUAGUUAGUUUAUAUCUUUAAAGUGCUUAUGUCACAAAAAAUGUUUUUUGAUAUUUGAUAGAGGACAAAAAGUUAGUUAAUAGGUUCUUUAACAUUUUUCGGUUUUCUCUUUUCAUUCGCGAGAUACGAGGCUCUAAACAGCGAUUUUCGUAAAAUUGUCGCGUAUCAACAAGAGUCUGGGACGAGCGUGGUGUGACGUAGCUUAAGGGACUUAAUUUCGACGCGCAUUAUACAUUUGAUAUAUUUUCCAGCAUGUCAGGCAGUAGCUCGGAUUCGGAAAGCACUCAUAGUUCUCAAUGUGACUCAGAAUACAAUUAUAUUCCUGGAUAUAUUAUAGAGGAUGAAUCAAAUGAUACUAGUCACGAAAUUGGAACUCUAGAAGCAGUUGAUAGCGAAAUUUUAGGCGAUUAUGAUGCAUGCCUUUAUGCCGAUGAACCGCUAGCCGGCGAAGAAUGGUACGCACGAUAUUUCAGAAAUUCAGCAGAACACAAGCAACAAAAAGAGAUGCUACAGCGAAGGUUAGAUGGCCUUGAAGAUAUUAAAUUAUGGUGAGUGUAAACAUAGAUUUAUUUUAACAUUUUAACGUAAAAUAUAAAGUAUCUCUGGCUAUAAUAUAUUUUGCGGGAUACAGGCUCAUAUGGCAUCAGUCACAACAAAGAGUUAAAACCACACUUCCCUCACCUUCGCAAGAAAAUACAAGACACGAGAUCAAAGAAAAUAUAAACAGACUGGUUCAGAGCAAAUUACGUAUAUAUUCUUGUUUGAAGCUACAGUGUUUAUGUGAUCACGUUUAUUUAAUACGAACGAUUGAACGAUUGUAUUUUCUCGCAAGUUCAAUUCUUAAAGCCCAUUUUUCCAAACAAAUAGGUCUGAAUCCCGAGUGUAGAGUGAUACAGCACGGCGGCUGUGGCACAUCUUCUAAAACGAAGUUAUCCUUCAGAACAUCCCUACAAGAUUCCAUCUCCUGAUAGCACCAAGCUUCGUGUGUACAUUGUAUAUGUAUCAUCACACAAUCGCCGCAUUUACACUUAUGAAAUAUGAUACAGGUGAGGGUUUGAUGUGACUGAUGCCGUAUCAAAAAUAUAUCAGCCAGAGAUACUUAUUUUACGCCGUUAAAAUGUUAAAUAAAUCUAUGUUUGCACUCAUCAUGAUUUAAUAUCUUCAAGGCCGUCUAAUCUUCGUUCUAGCAUCUCGUUUUGUUCCUUGUGUUCCGCAAAGUUUUAAAUAUCGCGCGUAGCUUUUAUCGCGCGUAGCAUUCUUGGCUCGCUAGCGGCUCAUCGGCAUAAAGACAAUAUGCAUCAUAAUCGCCUAAAAUUUCGCUAUCAACUGCUUCUAGAGUUCCAAUUUCGUGACUAGUAUCAUUUGAUUCAUCUUGUAUAAUAUACCUAGGAAUAUAAUUGUAUUCUGAGUCACAUUAAGAACCAUGAGUGCUGGAAAACAUAUGUCUUCCCAAUAGCUUUUUAGUACUCCUUCACAUGUGAAUUCGAACUUCCGUCCCUUAAGCUACGUCACACGGGUCUCGCCCCAGACCCUUUUCCGGUUUUUUCUCGGGCGCGACAAGUUUUCGCUAAAAGCCAAUUUUUCAAGGUUUAGAGCCUCAUAUCUCGCGAAUGAAAAGAGAAAACCGAAAAAUGUUAAAGAACCUAUUAACUAACUUUUUGUCCUCUACCAAAUAUCAAAAAUAAAUUUUUGUGACAUAAGCUAAUGGCAAAUUUGUAAAAUUAAAUUAAAUUAAAUAUAUAUACAUAUGUAUAUGAAUUUCCUUCUCAUUUGCAUUGUGGACUUGGAGCAGAAGGUCUGUCAGUAAAUUGAGAUGCGAUCUUCUGUCGCUUAAAAUGAUGUUUCAAAAUAACGAGGAAAAUACGUUCACAGUCGCCCCCUCCAAAGAGGAACAUCAAAGAAGCAAAUAUGGCGCAUAUUUUGUUAUGAAAGUACUUUUGGGGGUUUUAUGUGUGCUUGUCGUUGUUCUUUUGGCUCUGGUUGCAAAGGGUUUCUCUUCCUUGAAAUCUUUAAACGAAAGGAUGAAGACCUUGGAAGAUGGAAAGUCUUUGAAACUCGAACACGGAAAAGGAGGAAGCGAACAAAAGUAGGAGAAACUUUAGGGGACUGGAGUUCUAUCAGCCACACAUUUUACUCUCGAUUUCAAUUUGCUUUUCAAAACUGACUUCCAAUGUUUACUUGUAAAUUCGGAAUGUUCGUUGUAAAGUUCCGAAGUUUGUUUCGAAGUUCAUUACGAUGAUUUACGAUGAUUCAAUAGCAAGCGAUUUGAUUGGCUGGUUCACUUAACUAGCCAAUUACAACUUACUAAACUUGAUUAUCGUAAAUCAUCGGAACGAACUUCGAAACAAACUUCGGAACUUUACAACGAACAUUUCGAAUUUACAAGUAAACAUUGGAAGUCAGUUUUGAAAAGCAAAUUGAAAUCGAGAGUAACAAAUUAAGUAUUUUCCUAUCUAAGUUUACGUCAUCAAUUUUUCAGCUCACUAUAUACAGAUCUUUACGAAAAAUGGACCUGAGAAUUGAAAUAUUUAUGCCCAAAUUUAUAGUCUAUACCAAACGUUUCAUUUCCUUAAAUUGUCGGCUGAUUCUAGCAUUUGGAAAAAUUAAUAUUAAUCCGACUGCACUUGACGUCAGGACCGCUAGGUGUUUUAAUAUGUUUCCCCCUCUAACGUUCAUGCAUUUAGCGCUUCAGCAAGGCUAAAUUCUCAGGAAUAUGCAGGUCAUAAAAUCCUCAAAGAGCAGCGUGGACCUGUCCAAAACCCUCAUUAAGUUAUAGGUAUUACGAUGAAGCAAUGUUGUUGUGACUUCUGAUUCUCUAUUUUAAGAAUUCAUAACCAGUCAAAUGAAAACGUUGGUCCAGAGAGAAAUUGCACUUCAAGCGUUACAGGUAUUCUUAGUGUUUUGUGUGAGAGGAAUAAUAAUUAUAGAAAAGCUUUCGUUGGUAUAUAGGGAUGCAAUUACGUGAAAAAUAUAUUUUCAGGUAGUUGCAUCCAUAGCAACGAAAGCUUGUUCAUAUUAUUGACACUACCUACACUAGCAAAGACAGUUCAUAUAUAGUAAUAUAGUGCUUUUUAGGGUGGCGCAGGAAGAUGCAAUCAUUAAGUGACUAGAAAGCCGCCAGCCGGCAGUUUAGUGGAGUGCCAGCUAUAUAGAUUAUAGUAUAGUUAAAGUUGAAUUUUUAUAAGAUAAACCGAUCCCAACCCUUCUCUAAUCCUAACCCCUAACCCUAACCUAACCUUUUGAGAGCUAACCUUUUUUAAGAAAACAAAAUGUUAAGUCAGACAAAACACACACACACAAACAAACCUAGGUGAAGCAUAAGCUCCUGGUAGUGGAGAAUAAGUCUUCAAUAUGCAAAAUGGUGCACAAGGAAACUGCUUUGUAGCACUUACUGUCUGCUAUAUUGAUAUCCUGACAGGUUUACCUCACGAUCCCACGGAACCUUCUACCAAGGAAUCUUGUGCAAAUGUUGGUGUGACUUACAUCCGGUGGGGGAAAACGACCUGUCCUAAUAUUACUGGAGCGACAUUGGUGUAUGAAGGUAUUAGACAACAGAAUUGUUUGAUUUGUAUCAUGUUUCUUGCAAUCAAUUCGUCUUUUUUGCAAGGGGAAACAACUACUCUUUGGAGAAUAGUGUUUUCAAAAUAUGCAGAAAAUACAAUUUCUUAAUCCUGAGGAUGACUAGAAACUAGUCGAAACGUCGAUUAAAAAUCAAAAUGUUAUUCGGAGUUACUGUUAUUUUGUAUUUUCUUAAAAUAGUGAGUGGUUCCCGUAAUUUAAACCCUUGGUUCUCGAGGAUUCCAAUUAUCUUUACCAUUUGUUUAGAAAUAUUCAAUCCCCAUGUUUUAAUAUUUCUCCAUGGCGCAUUAUUAUCUCCUUAGCCCUGAUUUAAAGGCAUGCAGGCCAAUACCCAUACAAAAAAGUCUAUAGACCUGGCCUAUAGGUUCCUAUAGGAAACCUAUAGGUUUUUAUAGGCAAUUAGAACAUUUUCUAUAGGUGACCUAUAGAAUCUAUAUCUCUUCGACGAAGGUCACGACUUAAAAUGUUCCAUGUUUUACAUGCUCUAUAAGUAAGGAGUCUGGAAUGUAACAGUUUUUGCAAAUGGUAUACAGCUAAUUCAAAAAAGGUUGUCCUUUGCAAACCUUAAACCCUAAACCUUAAACUCUAAGCGCGCAAAGCUUAAUGGGAGCACAAGUUUCAGGCUAAGAGUUGAAUAUUGCAGCUAUUUGUGAAUGAAUUGUUCUCGUAAGGAGAUAUUUACCAUGUCUCCAAGAAAUAGGCCCAUAUAUGAUUUCUAAACUGAUUAAAUGAUGCUCCCAUUAUGCUUUGCACGCUUAGAGUUUAAGGUUUAAGGUUUUACAACGGACAACCUUUUUUUGAAUUAGCUGUAUAUUACAAAUUUAAUUAAGUUCUUAUUCGUUUCGCUUCUGGUAAUUCCACAUCCUGUUAUUGUUGGUCGAGCACUUCCAUCUGUAUAUUGAUUUUGUAUAGUAGAGUUAGAUCCAAGUAUUCGUGGCAAUACGUUAAAGUUCAACUUGAUGAUCCCCAAAAAUGUUCAAUACCCAAAAUCCCAGAGCUUACUUGCCAACAAGGCACUAGAUAGCCAAACAUUACUAUUAAAUGAAAACUUUUUAUUGUGUUAUAGGUUACGUUGGGGGAUCUCAUUUUCGUAACUCAGGUGGGGGUGCUAAUUACGUGUGUCUGACACGUGAUCCCAUCUAUAACAAUACUCUAUCGGGUCGACAAGAUUAUAAUUCCCGAAUAUAUGGAGCUGAAUAUGAAUCUGGUAAAUUUGGCAUAUAUCCCGACAUCGUGCAGAACCACGACGUCCCAUGUGCCGUGUGUCACGUGACCAAACGCACCUCACAAAUUAUGAUACCAGGUCGUAACGUGUGUCCCACGGGAUGGACACGUGAAUACAACGGUUACCUGAUGGCCGAAAGGCAUAAUUACUAUCGUACAACAUAUACAUGCAUGGAUGGAAAUCCUGAUUACUCAAGUGAAACCCAUGUUAGUAAAGAUGGUGUUUUGUUUCAUUUUGUUGAAUCAAUUUGUAAUGGCUCUCUACCUUGUACGCCAUACAUUGAUGGUCAAGAGCUGACAUGUGCAGUAUGCACACUGUAAAUAUAUCCUCAACAGAUAUCAUCAGGCCUUAAAAUAUUAGUCAGAGAACAAAAUAACUUUGAAUAGGACAUGUGUAUUGUGAUGUCCGACGACUUUAAGUUCAGUUUGGUUCGGAAAUAAGUAAUGAAUGCAGACACAAAUUAAUAUCAGCACAAUUUGGAAAAAUCAUUUGAAUCUUGGCAAUGAAUUUCCGAACCCCACGGUGAAAACCCCGCAUUUGAUUACACAUUUCCAGUUCAAUUUUCAUACAUUACUCUGAUUCUCCAUUUAACAUACGAGCCUCUAGUCCUGGACUAGGGUACAUUUUGAUUGACGUUGGACAAAGUUACAGUUAGGUCGGACACCAAUACACUCGGGUCGGGCAAACAAUAAACCUCAGUUUCACUUAGGUCGGACAGAAUGUCCAGUGGUUUCCUCUCUACAUCGG